CAUGAUGAGUUCAAUUACUUCAUUUUGUUUUAGCUAUUCGAUUUGAUGUUGUGUGUCUAAAUUUUGUAGCUGCUCGCAGACGCGCAAUGUCGGUUGGUUAUUCGCAUUCGUCGGGGGAUGAAGAAUAAGAGUUUGGCGAUCCUGAUGAGAGCUCGAAUGGCGUCCCCCACCCACCCCGUCCAUCGGCAGCAGCUCCUCCGCCCCGAUCGCCCCCCUCUUCCACCUCAGGUGGGCGCCACCUGCUCUGGCGACGCUGAUGACGAUGGCAGCAGCACCGGCGCACGGAGGGUUUCUUUGAAGGAUGUCAAAGAAUUGAUGCGGGCGUCCUUCUCGAUCCCCACCGACAAAACCGAGCCGAUGGACGCCAAUCUUGAAGAUUUCUCGCAGGCUUAUUUGGGCCUAUCUCAGGAAGGGCGCAGGGAACUGCUUCUGGGCCUUGCCAGGGAUUAUGAUGUCAACAGAGCUCGAGUUUGUGAGCUCAUGCGGCAGUAUCUUAGUGUCGGGCUUCCUCAUAGUAUUGAUUCCAAUGCCGCCGAUGUGAAUCAAGAGAAUCGUGUGCUUGAAGAUGGGGGUAUUCUUGCUGUGUUUUAUAGGAUGGAGCGGAAUCUUCGGGAUGCUCUCAAGCCUAUGUAUGCUGGUUUCUUUGAACGACUGAACGCACAUCCUGGUGGACUGAAGCUGUUGACCGUCCUUCGUGCUGAUCUUCUCUCUCAGUUAGCGAAGGAAAAUGUGCCAUCUUUGCGUGCUUUAGAGACAUAUUUGAAGGAAAAGCUUAUCACCUGGCUUAGUCCAGCAUCCUUGGAGCUUCACCAGAUCACAUGGGAUGAUUCUGCAUCCUUGCUGGAGAAAAUUGUGGCAUAUGAGGCUGUCCAUCCAAUCAGAAACUUGCUAGAUCUAAAGAGAAGACUAAGUGAAGGUCGUCGCUGCUUUGGAUAUUUACAUCCAGCAAUUCCAGGUGAACCACUUAUUUUUAUUGAGGUUGCACUUUUGAAGGAUGUUGCUACAUCUAUACAGGAGGUAUUGUGGGAUAGUCCUCCAACUCCUGAAUUUGAAGCCACGUGUGCAUUGUUAUAUUCAAUAUCAGCAACUCAGCCAGGUUUAUCAGGAAUCAAUCUAGGGAAGUUUCUUAUCAAACGGGUGAUCCAUCUACUAAGAAGAGAUAUGCCACAUAUUUCAAUUUUUGCUACUCUUAGCCCAAUCCCUGGAUAUAUGCACUGGCUUCUUCCAAAGUUUGCUUCUCAAAUAAAACUUUCUAAAUCGGAGACUGAGGAUAUGAAGCACUUCUCAGAAAAAGGCUCUGGUUCAAAUUUCAUAGAGGACCUCCUUCUUCCAGAAGAAAAAGAGAUGAUACUCAGUGGCUACCUUAAAUGGCUGCAGUCGGGUACAGCUUCUGAAAUUGAGUUUGAUAAAUCAGAGUGCAUGGACACAAGGGAACACGAUUCUGGAAAAGAUGUUAUGGAAAUAAUGUAUAAAUUACUGACAUCAAGAGAGUGGAACAAGUCUGAUAUCUUGAGUGAAGCACUAAAACCCCCUCUACUUCGUUUGUGUGCAAGGUACAUCCUUAAAGAGAAGAAACGAGGGAAAGCUCUUGAUGUGGUCGCUAACUUCCAUUUGCAAAAUGGAUCGAUGAUUGAAAGGUUAAACUGGAUGGCAGAUAGUUCAGACAAGGGCAUUGAACAAAGUGGAGGCAUCAUGGUAAAUUAUGUAUACAGGCUAGACAGGAUUGAUGAAUAUGCACAGUCAUAUUUGAACACUGGGCAUAUCCAUGCUUCAAGUAGCCUUCACCAAUAUCUUGAGGUAAUUGUAUGCUAUUCUUUUGAAGGUUAUGCAUAAGUAGUUGCAUAGUACCCUUACACAUCUAAUUUUUUGUUGAUUGAAUAAAUGCUCUCUGAUGUGUCAUUUUGUCAGCUGAGCCUAAGAGCACGAUCUAAAACCACAGUUAACCACAUCUUACACUAUAGUCAACCUGAUUUGAAAUCCUUGUUUAACUGAAUCAACCACAUACCGAAACUCUGCCAACAACAUAGAACUUCUUUCCAACUGUUCCAUAUACGGAUCACUGUGUUUUGAUUUGGCAUUACAAAAGGUGUCAUUACUUGCUCAAGUAGAUAGCAGAUUCACCAAUUCUUUGACUAUUUCUGGAUUUGAAAAAUGCUCUAUAGUCCCAUUAUUUCUAUGUACUGGGGGUCUAUAUAACUAAUUAAUCCACAGAAGUACAUUGGUCAACUCCAGAAAUUCUAAUGGCAGUCUCAAAUAAUAAAUAUUCCUACUCUAGUUUCAUAUAAUUCUGCACUACAUUUUUUUUUCUGUUCCCCCUUGCACCUAUCUUUUCUCUAAUAAUAAUAAGAUAUAGCUAAUGUUUGUCUUAAUUAGUUGAUAACAGUAAAAUGCUAUGCUAAGAAAUUUUUACUCUGGUUCGUACAUCUAUGCACAUUUUUCUUUAGCCUUCUCUAUUACUGUUGUAAAUUUGAGCCAUUUUCCAGGUUGGUAACCUUCACAAAUUUCCAUUUUUGAGUGUCCGUCUCAUGUGCUUUAAAUUUUUAUGUUAUUUUAGUUGAGAAAUAUGAUUUAAAGUUUUGUAAAGAUUGAAGGCUGAGUCUCAAGACGGUUGCUAAAAUCAUUGGUGGGAGCAAAAUUUUUAUACAGAAAAUCAUUGAACAAAGGGCUGGUUAAGCAAGUGGUAGAUGCAUAGAGUUCCCAGACAUGCUAGUUAAUGAAAACCAAACUUCUGUCAUUAUGUUAUCCAUGUGAAGUAUUUUACAUUGGUCUGGAUGAAUUUAGCAUCUCUGGCACUUAUUGUACCUAGAGUGAAAGAAAUCAUUUAUGCUUGUUAUAGUAUUUCAUCCCAUUUAUUCACUCUUGCAUUUCUCAUCCAUUUAGGCACUCUAGCAUUUCACAUCCAUUUAGGCAUACUAUUACAAAUAUUAUUCAGAUAGUAAAACAUGCAACUCAAAAAGCAUUAAUCAGCAAUCUUUUUCAGUAUAGUAUUUCAUUCUUUUCUGA